ACCUCGUUGGCCUUUUGAUUCAUUGCACGGUGGUCAUUUGCUUGCAAUUCCAUAUUCAAACCUCACAUCAAAACCUCUCCCACAAGCCACUCACAACCGAUCACUCUCAAACAAUAUCAUCUGCAACCCUCGGACGCCCAUCAGGACUCGCUCAUCACCCAAGCUUCCCAACUCCGAACAUCAAAGACCCAACACUUCAAGCAAUGGCCAACUCAAGGACCAACAACCCGGGUCUGCCAGGCAUGUCUGAGCUGACGAGUGGUUUCCUGCAUUGCCCUUCGUGUCCUCGAUACUUCACCUCGCUCCCGGAACUCGACCUUCAUCAGCGUCAAGAACAACACUUCACACUACACGCAAACCUCGCCCACCGCCCUGCCACCUACGGCGCUCGUCGAGUCCCGCUCGACUACACCUAUGACAUCCUAUCACCCGGCUCGUCGUCUGGCAGCGACUCUGACGGCAUCUUCACUCCAUCCGCCAGCCGAGCUUCUUCGCCAUACUCCAGCAACGGACAUGGCUCGUCCCGACCGUACCGCCGUACCUCACAGGCAACUAACCGUCGAGACAGUCGACAGGAUCCCCUGACCGUCCGGCAAGCAAACAAUCCUUCGAAAAUGGAGAAGAAAGACAAGGAGAAGUUCUCCCGCAGCGAACAAGGCGCUGUUCCCAUCCGCGAGGAGAGCUUUCAUGAAUUCUACGGCGGCUGGCGCCUUGACGAGCAGUCCAGCGGUAACGGUACCGGAUCCGGUACCUACGCCAAAAAAAUCACUCUUCAGCGCGGCAGCGAGAAGAUCAUGAAUUACUUCGCCCACAAAGACUGGUGUCGGGCUCGCAUACAAGGUCCCGAGGCCAUGGCCCAGUGGAAGCAGGAAUACGAGGAUCUUAUGGACGCCACGGACGAGGAAAUGCCUCCACUUAUGGACACGCUGUUGUACGACCCGAACGAGCAACUCUGCAACCACGCGGACAGCAAGUCCAAAGCAUGCAUCGUACACGGGCAUCCGGACUGGCGCGAGUGUCGCCGCAUGAGGCAUGCAGCCAUCUACAAGAGGAAUGUGGCGGAGUUUGACCGCCAGAAUGGGUUGACGAAGAUGUAUGCCUCGUCACGGUUGUGA